AUGGAAGCCUGGACAAGAAGCAGGGGUCUGGCGUCAGCUCAGGAGCCAGGCCUGGCAGGGAAGCAUGUCACUCAGCCAGAGGCUGUGGGGUGGGAUCUGAGCCCUGGGGUGGAGUUUGGAUGCCUGGGAGAAGGCCAGGGAUGGAGGGCGGGGCUGCCGGGGCAGCCCCCUCCCCCCAACCUGGGGAGUGAAGGGAAAGACGCCUCCCCCUCUGGCAUCCUGCUCCCUCCCCUGCUCAGCCUGAAGAGGACCAAGACCCGGCCCAAGCGGGAGCCUGAGGGAAUGGCCCCUGGACCCCGAAGACCCCCACGGCAGGACUCAAUGACAUUCAAGGACGUGGCUGUGGAUUUCACACAGGAGGAGUGGUGCCUCUUGAGCCAUUGUCAGAAAGAGCUGUACAAGGAAGUGAUGGUGGAAAACUCCAGGAACCUGCUCUCUGUGGGAAUUCCAGUUCUCAGAGAAGAUUUGCUCUCCCACUUUGAGGAAAACGAAGCAUCGUGGAUCCUGGAUCAAAAAGGCUCAAGGAACUUCUCUCUCGAUGCAGAGACCAGGUUUGACAUGAAGGAGAUAACUACAAAACUGACCAUCUCUGUGGAAGAAUCUUACCAGCAAAGAUUCAUGAGUGACUUCAAUUUGAGAAAAAUUUCUGACUCAAAUAUCAAGAUAGAGAAAAAUCAAAAUAGUAACUGUGAAUUUGAUAAAAGUACAAAGGGUUUCAGACAAUAUUCAGUCCCAAUUCAGUGUAAGAAAAUGACUUCAGAGAAUGAUUGUUUCCAGCAUAGUGAUGAUAGGGAAAGCCUCAUUCAAAAGGCUGGGUUUAUUCAGUCUUAUGAGAAGCCCUCUCAAGUGCAUAUGUAUCAAGGUUUUCAACAGGAAAUGACCUGUGACCUCAUUAGACAUCAGAAAAGUUGUACUAGAGAAAUGCUUUAUAUAUGUAAUGAAGGUGGAAAGGCAUUCACACAGAAUUCCAAACUAGCUCAACAUCAGAAAAUCCACACUGGAAAGAAACCUUAUGAAUGUAAUAGAUGUGGAAAGGCCUUCCGAGACAACUCCAGUCUUGCUGUCCAUCAGAGAAUCCACACUGGAGAAAAACCUUAUAAAUGUAAUCAAUGUGGAAAGGCAUUCACACAGAAUUCCAAACUAGCUCAACAUCAGAAAAUCCACACUGGAGAGAAACCUUAUGAAUGUAAUAGGUGUGGAAAGGCUUUCCGAGAAAACUCUAGUCUUGCUAUACAUCAGAGAAUCCACACUGGAGAAAAACCUUAUAAGUGUAAUCAGUGUGGAAAGGCUUUCACACAGAAUGCCAAUCUUUUUAAACAUCAGAGAAUCCACACAGGAGAGAAACCUUAUGAAUGUCAUCAAUGUGGAAGAGCAUUCCGAGAAAACUCCAAUCUUGCUGUACAUCAGAGAAUCCACACUGGAGAGAAAAUUUAUGAAUGCAGUCAAUGUGGAAAGACUUUCACAAAAAAGUCCACUCUUGCUAUACAUCAGCGAAUCCACUCUGGAGAGAAACCUUAUAAGUGUAAUCAAUGUGGAAAGGCUUUAGCAGAUAAAGCCCAUCUUGUUAACCACCUGAGAAUCCACACUGGAGAGAAACCUUUUAAAUGUAAUCAAUGUGGAAAGGAUUUCCGACACAACUCUAGUCUUGCUGUACAUCACAGAAUCCAUACUGGAGAGAAACCUUAUAAAUGUCAUCAGUGUGGAAAGGCUUUCACUCAGAAGGCCAAUCUUUUGGCACAUCAGAGAAUCCACACUGGAGAAAAACCGUUUGAAUGUAAUCAGUGUGUAAAGACAUUCAGAACAAGAUCCAGUAUUAAGGAACACCAGCGAAUUCACACUGGAGAGAAACCUUACAAAUGUACUCAAUGUGGAAAGACUUUUAGACAGAGCUCUAGUCUUUAUCUUCAUCAGAAAAUCCACACUGGAGACAAAACUUAAGAUUGUAAUCAGUCAGGAAAGGCCUACCUAGAUAGGGCCCAGUUUGUUUACCAUCUGAGAAUCCACACUGGAGAGAAAUCUCAUGAAUAAUAAAAGUGGAAAGACUUUCUGAUAGAAUUCCAGUCUUGCUGUAUAUCAGAGAAGUCACACUGGGAAAAAACCUUAUGUGAUCAGUGUGGAAAGAUUUUCCGACAGGGCCCCUCUUGCUCAACAUCAGAAAAUCCAUACUGGAGAGAAAUCUUAAGAAUAUAAUCAAUGUAGAAAAGCCUUGAAGUAAUAGUCAUCCCUUGUUUCCCAUCAGAGAAUUCCUUUUAGAUAGAAAUUUUUUCACCAUAAUAAAUGAGGAAAAGCAUUCAAAUAGAGUAUAGAGCUUGUUCAAGAUCAGAACAUUUAUUCUGGAGAGAUGCCCUAUAUGGACUCAAUGGGGGAAGGCCCUCAACCAGAAAUCAUCUCUUUAUAUCAGAGGAUUCAUAGUGGAGAGAAGCCUUACAUAUUUGCUCAAUGGAGACAUGAUUUUCCCUGGAAAAGGUAGAUGACUCGACAUGAGUAUAUUCAUUAGGGGAAGCUUAUAAGAGCCAUGCCUUUUCUCAAUGUCAAGACCUUUGUGUAGAGCUUAUACUUGAUUAUAUAUUGGAGAAAUUGUGCUGAAGAUAAAAUUUAUGGGCCAAAGUAAUGAGGGAGGCCUCUUGCCGCAAUUUAGACUUUGUUACCAUAAUUCCUAUGUUGUCUCUGUCCCCAAAUAUUCUUUAAUCUACAUCUUAUGCUCAUCACCUCUCAUUCAGGAGGCAGGUAAUGCAUAUCUUGAUAAAUCUGUGAUAGUGGUUCAUUAUCACAAUACUCUGAGGUGUGACAUCUUUCAAACCGAAUUGCCUUGACAACACUGUUAUUGUUAUCAUUUGUCCCUAGAUUCAAGUCACUGCACACUGCAUUAGUUCAGACAGUUCUUCCCAGCUGUAGGUAAGACACCAGAGUGGGAUGAACAGUCCUGAACAGGGCUUGGACAAGCCCUCACACCAAACAUGUAAUAGAACAGGGGGAUGUCCAGACAGAAUGAGGUUAGCUUUGAAAGUGCCAGGUUGGAUAUUUUAAUUACUCAAGAAAAUCUAGCUAUUAUAAUUUGUUUCUGUUUUGUUUCAGGGUGUAUAUAAAGUGCUUCUUCCAUUUCAUGUUUGUGAAUUUCAAAAUUAAAAAUCAUGAAAUAUUAAUGGUUCCCUUUUCCUUUUUGUCAUUUUCACCAAUUUUGAAGGCAUGACAGGAAAUCACAAAAUAAUGCUAAUAUGACUUUUGCUUACUGUUGGUACUUUGGAAUGUGUUUUCAUGUCAUCAUGGUUGUCAGUAUUUUCAAAAACUUCAUAUCCUUUCAGCACUCAUCUAUUAGCAGUGGCUCUUGGUAUAUACUGGUAUCUAUUCUCAAUAUAUUUUGGAUAAAAUGAAUUUUUUUGGUUAUUUUGACAUAACAUUUGAUAUAUUCUCCCCUCUACAUUUUCUCUGAGUUCCCUGAAUCCACCAGCCCAUUUGGAUUUCCAUGCUAUCUGCCUCUGUACCACCU